AUGGGUCAGCUUCUUUCUCAACCCAUCACCGAGAAGAAUAUUACAUUUGUGCAGCAUGACCAUAUUUCGCACUCUAUUGGUGAAAUGCAAGGGUAUAGGCUCAGUAUGGAGGAUGCCUACUGUGAUGUGAAUGAUACCAUACGUGUCAAGAUAAAGGAUCCGGAAUUGGUGCAACUUGUUCAUGAACAGCUUAAGAAGAAAUAUGAGGCACCGAGCUUGCCCCGACUAUCACCAUUGAGUUCACAUGUCUCACGACAUAGUUUUGAGAGAAAGCGAAAGCAGUCGAUUAGCGAAACAGAGUUAAAGGAGGAAUUGCAUACAGAUUACGUUAUUAAAAGAUUGAGAAUCAAUAUAUAUGGAGUUUUUGAUGGCCAUGGAGGGUCGAACACGUCCAAAUACAUGUCGGAGCAUUUACCAAUAGUGUUGAAAAAGCGUUUGAGAAGAGAGAUUUACAAGUUGACGGAUCAGCAAAAAAUGGAACUACUCCUAGGGCAAGAUGUGCUCAGCUUGAUUAAUUUCCCAAAGAUUAUAAGGGAUGUGUAUAUGCAACUGGAUUCCAUGUACUAUCAUGCUCCCAACAAUGGUAGUGGGUCAACCGGUGUUGUGGUUCUUUUUUUCCAAGGUUAUAUUAUUGUGGCCAAUGCCGGUGACUCGCGAUGCGUCUUAAGUGCGAAUGGUGCAGCUAAAAAUAUGUCAUUGGAUCAUAAGCCAAAGCAUCUAGGUGAGUUGAUGAGAGUGCAUAAUGAUGGAGGUUACGUUGCUGCCAAUAGAGUUAAUGCAAUUCUUGCCCUCAGUCGAGCCUUUGGUGAUUACACCUUCAAAAUGCAAAAUAACAGGAAUCAUGGUAGAUUUGCCCUGAUUCGUUCCAAUAAAAAAGUACAUUUAACAGCACCAGAAGAAUACCAGGUGACUGCUGAGCCAGAUGUCUUUAUACGGAAAAUCAUUCCUAGCGAUGAGUUUCUUUUAAUUGCCUGUGAUGGGGUGUGGGAUUGUUACCGUCCUCAAGACUUGGUCCGAGUCAUCAGGCAUGAACUUUCGCUUGGAAAAAAGCUUACAGACAUUAACGCACUUGUUCUUGAUAAUUGUAUAGGAAUGGCGAAUACCGUUACUGGAAUCGGCUUUGAUAACAUGACACUGAUUAUUGUGGCAUUGCACGAAAAUCUAAAGGGUCUUGAUGAUUGGUAUUUCCACAUCAAGAACAAGAUAUUAGAUGAAAAGUUUGGAAAGAUGGGUCAUUAA